AUGCUGCGCAUCAUUUCUGAAGCCGCCAGUCUGCCUGGUAACCUCUUCAACCGCAAGGAGACCUCCGUCCUGGUCCAACUCUUUCUCACCGCUGCCAAGAAGGGCGGAUUUGAGGGAGGAAUGCUGCCGUCCGAGCUCCGUGUUUUCCUUUUUGGCACUCUGGACAUUACCGAUCCAAAUACCCUGGAUGGCUUAUGCAGAGCGGCCUCAACAGUUACAGUGAGGGGAAGAAUAAAGGCUGAAAAAACGAUCCGUCUACCCGGUUUCAUAACAACUCUAUCCACCCUACUGCGCGGAAAUCUGGAGUCACGGGCUGCUUUGGCCUUUGACGUACUCGACAUUGACAUGGACGGUUAUCUGCAGGAGCAUCUGGAAAUGCGACGUCUGCUGAAACGCUGUAUUGAUGUAGAUAACCCAGAACCCGGACUAGAAGAUGACCCAUAUGAAGCCUUUCGAGACUUUGGACGCUACAUACAGCAGUUUUUCAAUGUCACACAGUUACAACCGCUCACCAAGCGCAUGUUCAUAGAACUGGUAAAAGAAAAACCCUUCCUACUGGAUACUGCUCUUCCUGUCUUCCCCGAGCCCUAUUCAGCGUGUACCUUUGAAUUUCUCUUUGGAAAUUCCACAUACCCAGACCUCGAGUAG